AUGUUGAUCCAGGGUCUCUCCUUAGUUCUUCUGUUCCUGGGAGGGCAGGCGGCCGCAGCCUCCAGUGCAGGCCUGUUUACUCGUGUCGUGUCCAACUUGACUGCGGUGCAGACGGGCUCGGUCCCUUGUAACGCUCUCGUCGCUGCCGGGCUCGGCGGGCGCCUCUUGUAUCCCACGGACUCUCUGUACAAUGAGCGUAUUUCAAGCUACUGGUCUGUCUCGGCACAGCUCCGGCCUUGGUGCAUCUUUCAGCCUGACUCUGGGGAACUUUGUAAUCAUUUAGCUUCUGAGAUAUCGACGGCCCUCACAGCCCUCAACAGCGCUGGCGAUGGCGCAGGGGACUGGCACAUUGCUGUGCGAGGAGGCGGGCACAGUAGCUGGCCUGGCAUCAACAACGUCGAUAAUGGCGUGACGAUCGAUCUCGGCAACUUCAACACGUCCUGGUACAACGCGACGACGGGAUUAGCCUCUGUAGUCCCAGGUGAGAAAUGGGUUGAUGUGGCUGCUGAUCUUAUAAAGGACGAUGUAAUUGUCUAUGGAGGCCGUGAUGGUGGCGUUGGGGUCGGUGGUUUUCUGCUAGGAGGUGGUAACAACUACAACGCCCAGCGCUAUGGGUUCGGCUGCGACAAUGUCGUCAACUACGAGCUGGUCCUGGCCAACGGCAGCAUCAUCGAUGUGAACAACCAGACGCACCCAGACCUGUUUAAGGCCCUCAAGGGCGGGUCCGCCAACUUCGGCAUUGUCACGCGCUACGACAUGAACGCCUUUCCCGCGCAGGAGAUCUGGGGCGGAUCCAUCAUCUCGACCAAGGAGACGUCCGAAGCCGUCGUCGCCGCCACGGUCAACUACGCCCACCUGCCCCAGUCGGUCGCCAUCGACGACUCGGCUAUCAUCAUCUACGAGCAUAACGCCACCCUGGCGCCCACCGAGGACUGGAUCAUCAUCUCGGCACUGACCAACGUGCAGGGCAACGCCAACUCGAGCGCCUUCACCGAGUUCCGCGCUCUCAACGCCACGACCACCUCGUAUGCGCUAUACAAUUAUGUGGACUACCUGGAGGCUGGCGAGAACGCGGGCGACCUGCGCGUCACAUGGUUCACCCAGACCUUCAAGGCCGACGAGCGCGUGCUCACCAAGGCCGUCGAGCUGUACAACGAGUACGUCACCGUCCUGCAGGACCACAUGCCGGCCGACGCCUUCAUGGCAAGGAUGAUCUGGCAGUCGAUGCCGACCUGGGCGGCCUACGCCAACAGCGACAACGUCCUCGGCCUCAACGAGAAGCUGACCGACACUUCCAUCCUCUGGAUGAUCCACUGCCUCGUCGACACCGUCGAGCAGGAGGCCAUCGCAAACCAGUACCUGGCUGUCAUGUCCGCCGAGCUGAGCGCCUUCGCCGCCUCGCUGGAUGCCCACAUCGACUGGACGUACCUGAACUAUGCAGGGCCGGCCCAGAACCCCUUGGGUGGCUACGGGCAGGACAAUGUCGAUUUGAUUAGGAGCGUGGCGGCGGCCUAUGACCCCGAGGGGUUCUUCCAGAAGCGCGUUCCCGGCGGAUUCAAGAUCUCUAGAGUUUAAUCGGUGAGACCAUGGCGGUGCUGCUCAAGAGUCGGUCUAUACACUAGUUGAGAUUAAUGUAAUGGCCCUCUCCUAUUGUUUACC